UCAGCUUUCGUUUUGCGUCCACCAAAACCCCACUUUGUCAAAUCACUCUCUCAAAUACAGAAGAGUCCUAAGAGUCUUUGCAGCCAUGGCUGAUAAUGGCAGGAAAAUGCCUCCUCAAAAGCAAGAAUCUCAGCCUGGAAAAGAACAUGCCAUGGAUCCUAACCCUCAGUUCUCAAACCCCGAUUACAAACCCUCCAACAAGCUCCAGGGAAAGGUGGCAAUAGUGACCGGAGGGGACUCCGGGAUAGGACGAUCGGUGUGUCAUUUCUUUGCUCAGGAGGGUGCUACUGUGGCUUUCACAUAUGUGAAGGGUCAGGAGGACAAGGAUGCACGCGAGACUCUGCAAAUGAUCAAGCAAGUGAAAACUUCUGAUGCCAAGGACCCUAUUGCAGUUGCAGCUGAUCUUGGCUUCGAUGAGAAUUGUAGGAGGGUUGUGGAAGAGGUGGUGAAAGCUUACGGCCGCAUUGAUAUUCUGGUUAACAAUGCGGCUGAGCAAUACAAGGCCGGCUCAGUGGAAGAUAUUGAUGAGCCUCGUAUUGAAAGGGUUUUCAGGACCAACAUCUUUGCUUACUUUUUCAUGGCAAGGCAUGCUUUGAAGCACAUGAAAGAAGGCAGCAACAUAAUCUGCACAACAUCUGUUGUGGCCUAUAAGGGAAACCCGAAGCUGCUUGAUUACACAGCAACAAAGGGCGCCAUUGUGGCGUUCAUUAGAGGGCUGGCACUUGAGCUAGUGAACAAAGGCAUCCGCGUCAAUGGAGUAGCUCCUGGACCAAUAUGGACUCCUUUGAUUCCGGCAUCUUUUGAUGAGGAGGAGACUGCUAAAUUUGGCUCAGAAGUGCCAAUGCAGCGACCUGGGCAACCCUGUGAGGUUGCACCAUCCUACGUCUUCCUUGCGUCCAAUGCUAUGUCUUCUUACAUAACCGGCCAAGUCAUCCAUCCCAAUGGUGGGGUUGUCGUAAAUUCUUGAGGGGUCUGUGAAGGUGUUUUCUGGCCGGUGGUCUGUCUCGUCUUUGUAUCUGUAGUUCUAAUCUAUUAGCUAGUACUCUUUUGUUGCAAGGCUCCUCCC